AUGGCCCAACUACAGCCAGACCAGCAACAACCACCGCCGGCGACAAUUCCUAACCCUCGGUUCACGCUCGAGCUUGAGUUCGUGUCGUCGCUCGCGAACCCGUACUACCUCUCCCACCUUGCAGUUAACUACCCGACCCUAUUGGGCAUUUCAAAAUCCCACGAUGAGAGCGACGUGAACGACGAAAACUCCGACCCUGAAGCCGAGGCGUUCGCAGCUUAUCUUGCCUACCUCUACUCCUACUGGAAGACUCCUGAAUACGCCCAGUUCCUGACCCAUCCCGGUGCAUCUUUGCGGGCACUACGACUCCUCCAAGAAGAGAACUUUCGUCGUGAUAUUAUUCGGCCCCAGGUUAUUGAGGGUCUGGCGGGACUGGGAAUCAACGGUGCUGAUGAGCUUGGAGAACAGAAGGGGGAGCAGAACAAAGAGGACCAGGAAAAUCAAGCGUCUGGAGAGAACACCGAUGGCAAGCAAUAA